GGGACAUAACACACCCUGGAAACUGUGGGUGAGACAUACACCGUUGGACCUGCAGGCAGAUGGCUUUGCUUCAGGCCAAUAAGGAUCUCAUUUCUACAGGAAUUAAGGAAUUUAAUGUUCUGCUGAAUCAGCAGGUCUUCCCUAAUCCUCCUAUCCUUGAAGAAGACAUGGUGACUAUGGUGAAUGACUGGGUGAACUUCUACAUCAACUAUUACAGGCAGCAGAUGGUGGGGGAGCAGCAAGAGCAAGAGAAGGCUCUUCAGGAACUUCAGCAAGAGCUAAAUACUCUGUCUGCCCCUUUCCUGGAGAAAUAUAGAGCUUUCCUGAAGCACUUUUGAACAACUAAAUCACCCACUGCCUUUCUCUUAGCUCAAAACCCCAGGCCUGCAUCUCUAAGAAACUCUUAAAUCCUGCCUCCGAGUUCUUGGAGUGCUCAGGCUCUGCUCCUUCAUGGUGUUACUCUACCUUGACACCUCAAUAAAGACCAAAUUGGUUUGCUGGU